AUGUAGUGCGUGACUUCCGCAGUGCACGCUGCGCCUGCCGGGCAUUUUUUCCUGGUUUGGGGGCAAGGUCUCAUGGGAAAGGUCAUGUCUCUCGAAGAAAGGUUAUAAACCUUGGGAUAUGAGGGUUGGGCGAGACAUCCGAGCCUGUUGCGUUCCGUGUUGGGACCAGGAAUAACCCUGACUUCUGAGCUUUCAUAACCCCAGGAUCCUCCAGAAAAUUUGCGGCGCGCUGAGGGAAAACCUUGCUGGCAAGUCGGGACCAUGUGGCAGCGGCUGUUUUUCUUUUCCCACCCAGCACGUUUUCGGGAUGGGGACAUAGGGUUCAGUUGAGAUACAGAGGCUCCCUUCGGGAUAUUGGGUUCUCUGAAGUACGGAUGGACUAGGGCAGGGCUGAGACCCCAUUCAUUCACUCAUUUGUUCAGCUCUCCUUUAUGCCCGGCGCAGAAGAUACCCCUUAGGGUCCCAAGGCCCCCUCCUGCGUUAAGUUCCUUCCUUAAGGUCAUUCAGCUGGGGCAAAGCUGGGGACUCGACACCUUUCUAUGCUAACCAUUGAGCUGCCUCUACUUUGAGCAGCUCAGUGGAUGAAUAUAGUAUCUUGAGGAUACCUUUGAUUUGUGCAGGGUUUUCUUGUGCAGGUGUGUGACCCAGGUCAGCUUAGGUCAGGAUGCUGUACUGCUUGCCACAAAAUAGCCUGUACUGUCGCGUCGUUUUUUCUUGUGAACAGACUGUUUGGCACAGCCGUAGAGAGGGGUCUGAGACAUGCAUUUAGUGAUACGCGUUGAUUGGUUUGUGUAAUGAGGUUGUUCAAGUGGAAAGAACUGAGUUGUAGUCCCUGCUUCACUAGUACUAGAAGAAUUUUUUAAACCUUUUUGAACCUAUUUUUCCUUAUCUGUAAAAUGGAAAUAAUAUCGACCUGGAAGGUUAGCUGAGAGAAUUUAAUGAGAUAAUGUGUUUCAAACGUUCUUUGUAAAUGGUAACAUGUUGCAGAAAUAUUAGAUUAUAUGACUUUAGUCCCCGCUUUUCUAACCAUUACUUCUCAAGUAUAAAUGUAAACAUUUAUAGCAUAUUUUUAAAACAAAUUAUUUUUUUUUCAUAAUUAUCUUUAGUUCUUUUAUUGUUUCAGCAUGACUUGAAACAUUACUUAAUUUCUUAGUAUUUCUUGAUUGGUGCUUUAAUUGUGUCGUUCAUUGGUUAAAACCUAUCCAAGGCCGGUAAUGAUUAAAUUAUAUGACUUUUAUUUAUUUAUUUUCUAAAGAAAGGAAUUAGUUGAGCUCUUUAAGGGCACAAGAAAAAGGGGCAAGAAAUUAUCCUGAAAGCAAAUAAACCAGAGACCAUACUUCUGAAAAAUUAAAAAAAAAGUAUAUAUAUAUAUGUAUGUAUAAAUAUAUAUGGCUCUGAAUUAAUGCCUACACUUUUUAGAAACUUCGAAGGUGAUUAUUUAUUUUAAACAAUUUUCCUCUUUUUCGAAAAGACAGCUCUGAGUUUGUGGGCUUUUUUUUCCUUUUAUGGUAAAUUUGAAAACUUUAUGUAAAUGUCAGAUUUAAAACACUUUUAAAAUGGGGUGCAGAAAGAAGCCCCUUUUUCUGGACAUUUAUUUUUGGAUCAAAUUCUGCUAUCUGGUUUAGACUAAGAAAAAAUCUUUAGUUAAUGCAGAAAAAAUGUAUUACUUUAAUUUGAAUUUUGGAAUCAUUUUGAUAUUAAUGAUGUAAGCAUAACCAUGUUAAACCAAUUCUUUUAUAGAAGCUGUACGUUGGAAUGGGUUUACAGUCAUUGUAAUGGAAACAAAAUACAUGAAGGAAAAACUGUUAUUUGUAUCUCUGCUUAUUGCACCUGACGACUAGUUGCAGAUGGUUUUGUUUACCUAAGAAAACUUGUGAUAUAAAUGAAAAAAACACCUGUUUUCCUAGACUCAUUGGUUACAAAUAUGCUUCGUCUAAGAGCUAUUUGUCCAUUCUCCUGGAGAGUGUUUCAAUUUCGACCCAUCAGUUGUGAACCACUAAUUAUUCAGAUGAAUAAGUGUACAGAUGAGGAGCAAAUAUUUGAUUUUAUUGAAAGAAACAAAGCCAUACUUUCAGAAAAGCAAGUGGGAUGUGCAUUUGAUAUGCUUUGGAAGCUUCAAAAGCAGAAGACCAGCCUGUUAAAAAAUGCUGAGUAUGUCAGAGACCAUCCUCAAUUUCUUACUCUUCAUAAUUUAGCUACAAAUAAAUUCAAAUUAAUGAAUGACAAUACCCUGGUGAAUGUGUUAUACGUCACACAACAGUUUGCUGGUGAGGCCCAUGACCCGCUAGUUGAAGCACUAGUUACAGAAGCAUGGAGAAGGCUAGAAAGGUUUGAUAUUAAACUGCUCUCAGAAUUUUCCUCUUGCCUAGCAGAUCAGCGUUUGUAUUUUAGUCCAUUAAUGGGAAAAAUAGCUGAUAUUGUUCAUAGGAACUUGGAAACCACACAGGACUUAAGUUCCUUGUCUGUCUUGAUGGUCAACAUAUCUUCUUUAAUAUCACGACAUUUUCAACAACAACUGGUGAAAAAAACAGAACUUCUUUUUGACACCAUAGAUUCUUCUGAGGUCAACGUUGCAAAAAGCAUAGCAAAGUUUCUUCGAAAUGUUAGAUAUCGUUAUCAACCACUAUUAGAAAGAUGUAAUAACGUAUUUUUAAGUAAUGUGGACCACCUUGAUUUGGAUUCCAUCAGUAAAAUACUUAGUGUAUACAAAUUUCUACAGUUUAAUAGUUUUGAAUUUAUUAUAAUGGCUAAAAAGAAGCUAACUGAAAUGAUUCCUCUGUGUAAUCAUCCUGCUAGCUUUGUAAAAUUGUUUGUAGCAUUGGGACCCAUUGCAGGACCUGAAGAAAAGAAACAACUUAAAUCAACUAUGUUACUGAUGUCAGAGGACCUAACUGGCGAGCAAGCCCUGGCAGUGUUGGGAGCAAUGGGAGAUAUGGAAAGCAGAAAUUCAUGUCUGAUUAAAAGAGUUACUUCAGUUCUGCAUAAACAUUUGGAUAGCUAUAAACCAUUAGAGUUGUUGAAGAUAACUCAAGAAUUGACUUUUCUGCAUUUCCAAAGGAAGGAGUUUUUUGCGAAACUUAGAGAAUUACUGCUUAGUUAUUUGAAAAAUAGUUUCAUACCAACUGAGGUGUCUGUUCUGGUCUGUGCUAUUUCCCUGCUCCCUUCUCCUCACUUGGACGAAGUGGGGAUAUCCCGAAUUGAAGCCGUUUUACCACAGUGUGACCUAAAUAACCUGAGUAGUUUUGCCACAUCUGUUUUAAGAUGGAUUCAGCAUGAUCACAUGUAUUUGGAUAAUAUGACUGCGAAACAACUGAAACUACUUCAAAAAUUAGAUCACUAUGGUCGUCAGAGACUACAACACAGCAACAGUUUGGAUCUGUUACGGAAGGAACUUAAAUCUCUCAAAGGAAACACGUUUCCUGAGUCACUUCUUGAAGAAAUGAUUGCUACUUUACAGCAUUUCAUGGAUGAUAUUAAUUACAUAAAUGUUGGGGAGAUUGCAUCUUUUAUUUCUAGUACUGAUUACCUCAGUACUUUGCUACUUGAUAGGAUAGCCUCAGUGGUUGUUCAGCAGAUUGAAAAGAUCCAUCCUUUUACAAUCCCUGCUAUUAUUCGUCCAUUCAGCGUAUUGAACUAUGAUCCACCUCAAAGGGAUGAAUUUUUGGGAACUUGCGUGCAACAUCUUAAUUCUUACUUAGGUAUAUUGGAUCCUUUUAUAUUAGUGUUUCUUGGUUUCUCUUUGGCCACACUUGAAUAUUUUCCAGAAGAUCUGCUAAAGGCAAUUUUUAACAUCAAAUUCUUAGCUAGAUUGGAUUCUCAACUUGAAAUUUUAUCUCCAUCUCGAAGUGCAAGAGUCCAGUUUCAUCUUAUGGAGUUAAAUAGAUCAGUCUGCUUGGAAUGCCCUGAGUUUCAGAUUCCAUGGUUUCAUGACCGCUUCUGUCAACAAUAUAAUAAAGGUAUUGGUGGCAUGGAUGGAACGCAACAGCAGAUUUAUAAAAUGUUAGCAGAGGUGCUAGGAGGAAUCAAUUGUGUAAAAGCCUCGGUUCUUACGCCUUACUACCACAAAGUAGAUUUUGAGUGUAUCUUGGAUAAAAGAAAAAAACCUCUUCCAUAUGGAAGCCAUAAUAUAGCAUUGGGACAACUACCAGAAAUGCCCUGGGAAUCAAAUAUCGAAAUAGUUGGAUCAAGGCUGCCACCAGGGGCUGAAAGGAUUGCUUUGGAAUUUUUGGAUUCAAAAGCACUUUGUAGAAAUAUCCCUCACAUGAAAGGAAAAUCUGCUAUGAAAAAACGACAUUUGGAAAUUCUGGGGUAUCGUGUAAUUCAGAUUUCCCAGUUUGAAUGGAACUCUAUGGCACUGUCAACAAAGGAUGCUCGGAUGGACUACCUGAGAGAAUGUAUAUUUGGAGAAGUCAAGUUAUGUUUGUAGUUUUUAUUUAAAAUGAAUGUUAUGUGUUACGUUUGGACUUAUUUUAAUAAAGUGGCCUGUCUCAAUUAAAAAA